GGCACGAAUGUGGUGAUCCCUAACGGCUCGCUGGAUCCAUGGCACGCACUCGGCAAGUAUACCUCGAACGAUCCGUCCGUUGUCUGGUAUCUCGUUAAUGGAACCGCCCACUGUGCUGACAUGUAUCCGCCGAGGGCGCAAGACCCACCUGGUCUGACAGUUGUUCGCAAGCUCAUUCCACAGAAUAUCGACGUUUGGCUGUCAAAGGCUCCUAGUCCAUUCCAUAUAGCUCCAACUGAAGCUGUACCUUGGACAAAGCCGGAAGUAAACCAACCGCUGGAGAGUAUUCCAAGCGCUUUCAAGCCGGCUCAGGAAUCUGUGGCAGUGGGAAUUCCCGGAGUGGACCAGAUACAGGAAAAUGCAUUUAGCCAGGCCUCCUCAUGGAUUCCUCCCUGCACCAGACAUGGGCCUGAGUCGUCCAGAUGGGUUCUCAACGAGAACAUUACCUAUCUGACAUGGGCGAAGAAAUUCGGAGCGACCGUAUACCUACUAGAACACCGAUACUACGGUCAAAGCGUUGUUUACGGCCCUAAUGGAAUCGCAAAUGAGGAUCUCACUUAUCUUUCUUCUAUUCAAAUGCUCCACGAUGUAGCAAACUUCAUUCGAGCAGUCAACGCCCAACAAACGACGCCCCCUAAAUGGAUAACUUUCGGAGGAUCCUAUUCUGGCGCACUAUCACUAUGGAUGCGAGAAGUGUUUCCUGAAGUAGUUCAUGGAGCCGUCGGCUCUUCAGCACCUGUCGAAGCGAAACUGGACUUCUACGGUGAGAUAUGGCUGCGUUUAUACCUAGCCUUACGACAAAAGAAUUGUAACGUAGCGAAAUUUCCGACCGUUUCAGUUGGACCAUUUGGCUGCGGUAAUGCUUGUGCUUUACGUAAAUGCUGCACCCUCCGCGAUUAA